UUCCUCCGUCUCUGCUCUUAACUCUCUUUUUGCUUCCUGCGUCUGCCCUAGCGCCAAGCCAAAAUCGGCCAUGACGAAGAAGAGGAACAAGAAGAACAGAGACGAAGAAUUUUCCAUGGACGUUUCCGAAACUAAGAGCUCUUCCGAAGCUGCUCCUCAAGCCAUGGACACUACGGAGACAGGAGACACAAAAUUAGCUGCUCGUGCUCGUACCUUGACAAGCACGAGGAAAGGAAAACCGAUGAAGAGAACCAAGAAUGCAGGGAAGAUGAAUGCCGUGGCUAUAGCCAUGGACACUACAGAGACCGGAGAUGUGAAACUAGCUGCCUUUUCUAGUAACCUGACAAGCAAGAGGAAAGGAAUACCGAUGAAGAGAACGAAGAAUGUGAGGAAAAUGAAAGCCAUGGCUAAAGCUAUAGCGUUGAGUGAGAAAUAUGAAGAGAAAGCUACAAAGAACGAAACCAAAAGUCUCAGAACUCUUUCGGCCAAGAAAUUGUACGAGUGAUUUUGGUUAAAAAGCUGCAAAGAAGGAAGAAACAUAAGAAAUUUUUGAUAGUUCGUUCGUCUAAUUUGAUUUUGCUAACGUUAUACUUUCUUCUAAAAAUAGCUGUUGCAAUUUUGUAAUCUCCUUUGGUUUACUUAUAAAAACUACAGUACGUAUGUUUAUGAUUAAUCAAAUUUGUUCUUUACCAA